CCACGCCUGGCCUCGACUAGUCCGACGGCCAUAUUGAAUGUCUUCACAAAUCGCUUUACGGUGGAUCUCAAUUGCACGGGUUUUUCACUCAUGUCCGUUCUAACAGGCUUCACGAGAACAUUGGAGGUGACGAGGGUACAUUGAAUACAGUCGUUUAGUUUACAGCUUGGAUAACCUGAAAGCAUUGAAUACUCAGGAUUUUGUCGGUCUUUGAAGCCUUAGUCCUUCACCAGAGGUCCUGUGAAACAGGGAAGCUGUCCGUCCUGUGACAGUUGUCUUCUCAGCUGCCGGGUGAAGGGAGGAGAGGAGACAAACAUGCCGAAACCGAUUAAUGUGCGGGUCACCACCAUGGACGCAGAGCUGGAGUUUGCCAUCCAGCCCAACACCACUGGCAAACAGCUCUUUGACCAGGUGGUGAAGACGGUGGGGCUUCGAGAGGUCUGGUUCUUCGGACUGCAGUACGUGGACAGCAAGGGUUACAGCACGUGGCUGAAGCUUAAUAAAAAGGUGACAGCCCAGGAUGUAAAGAAGGAGAACCCUCUGCAGUUUAAGUUCCGGGCCAAGUUCUUCCCUGAGGACGUGUCUGAGGAGCUGAUCCAGGAGAUCACACAGAGACUCUUCUUCCUGCAGGUGAAGGAGGCCAUUUUGAACGAUGAGAACUACUGUCCCCCGGAGACUGCCGUGCUGCUGGCAUCCUACUCUGUCCAGGCCAAGUACACCGACUACAACAAAGACAGCCACAAGCCUGGCUACCUCACCAACGACAGACUGCUGCCACAGAGAGUCCUGGAGCAGCACAAGCUCACCAAGGAGCAGUGGGAGGACCGGAUACAGACCUGGCAUGAGGAGCACCGAGGCAUGCUCAGAGAGGACUCUAUGAUGGAGUACCUGAAGAUAGCUCAGGACCUGGAGAUGUACGGGGUCAACUACUUUGAGAUCAAGAACAAGAAGGGGACAGAGCUGUGGCUGGGAGUGGACGCCCUGGGACUCAACAUCUACGAACACGAAGACAAACUGACACCAAAGAUCGGCUUCCCUUGGAGCGAGAUCCGAAACAUCUCCUUCAACGACAAGAAAUUUGUCAUCAAACCCAUCGACAAGAAAGCUCCAGACUUUGUGUUCUACGCGCCACGUUUGCGGAUCAACAAGCGGAUCCUGGCUCUGUGUAUGGGGAACCACGAGCUGUACAUGAGGAGGAGGAAGCCUGACACCAUCGAGGUGCAACAGAUGAAGGCCCAGGCCAGAGAGGAGAAACACCACAAACAGCAGGAGAGAGCCCAGCUGGAGAAUGAGAAGAAGAAACGAGAGCAUGCGGAGAAAGAGAAGGAGAGAAUAGAGCGAGAGAAGGACGAGCUGAUGGAGAGACUGAGGCUGAUCGAGGACCAGACGAUGAGGGCCCAGGAAGAGUUGGAACAGCAGACACGCAAGGCCUUGGAGCUGGAGCAGGAGAGGAAGAGAGCCAGGGAGGAGGCGGAGAGGCUGGAGAGGGAGAGACAGGCAGCGGAGGAGGCCAAGGCGGAGCUGGCCAGGCAGGCCGCUGACCAGAUGAAGAACCAGGAACAACUGGCCGCUGAGCUGGGCGAGUUCACCGCCAAAAUAGCCCUGUUGGAGGAAGCCAAGAGGAAAAAGGAAGAGGAGGCCACUGAAUGGCAGCAGAAGGCCAUCUCAGCCCAGGACGACCUGGAGAAGACCAAGGAGGAACUGAAGACUGUGAUGACGAUCCCGUCGACGCCAGCGGGCGGCUCCACUGAGAGCGAGCACGAGGAGCAGGACGAGAACCACGCCGAGGAUGCCGCCGAGCUCUCCCUGGAGGGCGUGAGUGCCCUGGACCUGCGCAGCGAGGAGGAGCGCGUCACCGAGGCCCAGAAGAACGAGCGCCUCAAGAAACAGCUGCAGGUGUUGAGCUCGGAGCUGGCUGAAGCCAUAGACGAUACCAUGAAGACCCAGAAUGACAUGCUUCACGCGGAGAACGUGAAGGCCGGGAGAGACAAGUACAAGACCCUACGUCAGAUCCGCCUGGGCAACACCAAGCAGCGCAUCGACGAGUUUGAGUCCAUGUGAUCUGUUCUGGGUUCCCCCCAUCCGUUCGUUGGCGACUCGCUUUUCACCAGAGCAACAGGCGCUGUCCCUCCUACACUCACUCUUUACCCCGUACCCAUAACCGCAAAGGUUCCAGAGGGCACGGCCGCCACCGCCUCGAACUUUGCCAAAGCUCUGCCCGCAUCUCCAUCAGGAAUCGGGCGCAAGCAACGCUUUGCACCAUUCCAAAAGUGGUAUUCUCCUUGUAUUGCAAAGGAUGUGUCUGUGCUUUGCUUUCAAAUAUCUAAUGUGGAGACGCAAGAAAAACCAAAAUGGGAAAGAUUAGAUUUUUAAGCGAACAGGGGUAUGGAAAGCUUUGUUGUUCUCGCCAGAAAGCUAGUAUGCAAUGCUUUAGUAUUACUGACUCUUGUCUUCAGUUGAACGUAUUGAUGCUGUCUGGUACUUUCAAACCUUUUUGCUUUUGUUCUGAUCUUUGGUUAUAACCCGUUUUAUUGAAGCCCUGUUUGUUAAGUUCUCUGUUCUCAUUGAUAACUUUGAUGGUAGAUUGGUCCGAGGCUGGUAGAGGCUCGAUCCAUUCAGGUAUGUUGUGAACAAUUUUCAAAGCAUUGAAUAGUUUUGAAAGAUAUGAGCCUAUGAGUAACAGGGUUGACGUGUUUAUGCUCCACCCACUGUCUCUUACCACAAAAUGGCCAAAAAGAGUAGAACCAGCUCUCCUGCUUUUACACUAUGAUUUGACUAUUAGAUAUUCAAUGUUUUCUUUUGGAGAAAAAUGCAUUAAGAAAGGAAUAGUUUCACCAUAGUAAAGUGAGAGUUCAGUUGUCGUAACAGGGUUGACCUUAAAAUGAGAGAACAGGUUUUUUUGUAACCUUAAACUGAAUCACUAAUCACAUGAAAUAAAGUCUUCAGAAAUGUCUUCGUCAAAGCAACAAAAUAACUAUUGCUUAACAAUGAUGGUGAAAACCUGGAGAAAUUGUUGUUAACUGGGUUAAAAUCUUCUUGGAAGACUGAGGCGAAUGCUGAAUUUCGCCACUAAGUCUUUAUUCAUAUAAAAAUCCAGAUUUAUUGAAUUGACCAUGUAGUCUAUAUUAAAGGGCACUUCGUUUGAAAAGAACAGGCUUUUAAAAUGUCUAUAUUGAUUCACCAUUUCUACUUAAAAUAUCAAAGGGAUGCAAAGGGAAGUCAUUUUGUUGAACGGCCGUACCAUCUAGACUCUGAGCAUCAGUGCAAAGCCACUACACCAGUCUUGAGGAGAGGCGUGAGUCUUGAUGAAUGAAAGACUGGUCUCCAAUGGGAAGCCAAUGAUUUCACGUGAUAAGGUUGUAGAAUAGUGAGAUUUGAUUUGGUGCUCAAGGAUAAAUAAUGUUGUGAAACACAUUUGGUCUGAGAUAAGCUGAUAGUAUGAUGAAGAUUAGCUAAUUGGUUAGGUGUGUGUGCGAGAGACCGGUAGGAAGAGAGAGCGAAAGCUGUUAGUUUAGCUCCUGUGAGCUGACUCCUAAUGUUUCAUGUCCAGUCACCAAAGAUGGUUUCCUCUGCCUACCAGCUCACAAAGGCCUGGAAAAGACUGAGAUACUUAAGUGCUGUGAGAGUGCCAGUAUUGUCUGUCUGCAUAGUAGUGACUUUUUGAAGAGGCAAACCAUGGUCUUUCUGGCUGAAGAGCCCAUGAAAAUGUUAGUCCUCAUCAGAGAACAGAUCUCUACCUCAAUACUGUAACCAUGGUGACUGACCAAACAAACACUGUCUCAGAUCCACUCCCACAGAUUGAGUUUUGACUGGCUUGACAAAUUCAGACUAGGAGGCAAUGUAGCUUUAUUGGUUAACGUUUCAACUGAAAUGAGUGCUAUUUUUAUGCCAGGUGUACUUUCAAGCGAUGACACAUUGAAGUGUCACUAGUGGAGACAAUGGAUGAAAAAGUGAUACUAAGUUUGGAGCUAGUUGCAUGGUGGUCUCUCUGAGAUAUCUACCUUGUUUUAUGUUACUACCUUCUGUUACUGAAGUUUAAAUUCUACAGAGGUUUAAAUUAUACAAAGGUCACGCAAGCCAAGCCAUUCCAACACUGAGGACACGGCUGUGUGUCUGCAGUGGACUGUUCUGAUACUGUGCAGUAGUAAGGUUGAGAACUUCCGUGACCCAGGCUGUGUAGACAUGGUGUCUGUGUCCUGUGGUAGUGGAGCUGGUUUGACUGGUUAUCAUGAGGCUCUGUUUGGACUCGGGACCUGCAUGUCUGCCGACAGCCAACUGGGGCCAGAAUAGGACCAUGUUUCUCCUCUGCUGCUGGACAGAUCUGCUCACCAUGCUCUCUGCCACAGCUGUCAGCAGGAUGGAUGGAAACUCUAUGGCAGAGUGCCACCAUUUUAGGACUGUGAAGAGACAGACCAGUGCAGAUGUUAGAGGUGAAUGUGCCCCCCUAUUUAUACGCUCUCAUUAGAGGGACCCAGCCUCUUGGGUCAACCCCCCCCACCACCUCAAUGUUAUGUUCAGUGGAAAUAGAGGACAGGCCAAUAAACAUUUUCAGACCUUGAUAUUUUCACUUACUGCAAAUCAUAUUAACUCCAGAAUUGUGGAUAAAUGUUACUGGUAAGUUUUGAAUUAACGGGAGUGUUCAGUUUUUUAAAAUUUGCAAUCGGAUGGAAUGUAUUUUUUUGUUAUGCUACACUAGACAGCUGGUUUAAGUUGAGAUCUUAAAGCCAGAGUUUUAAUCUGGAAGACAUUGAAGGGGCUUGACCCAAACCUGCCUUUUCGCUAACCCAGUGAGUGUCCAAAUAUAGGGGUUGUAUUUGCCAUAGCAGGUGAAAAAACUGUGCUUCCAACUUAUUUUUGUAACGUGUUCCAAGAUCAAACUAUCUACCAGCAUGCAUCAGUAGCUCACUGGAGGUGAAAAGAGAACUACCAUACAUGCCAGCAUCCCCCAUAUUUAGGGCAGGAUGCAUUGAGUUGGGCUUUUCCCAUUGGCUGAGCCUGUUAGCCUGCUUGUGUCGCCUCCAGUGAGAGCCGUGUCAGUGAUGCAUGUGGUUCAGUUUUUCCUUAUGUUCAUACUAGCGUUUCUGUAAGAUAAAGGCCCGGGUGGAGCUUAGUCCUUGGUUUCACAAUAAAAGUUUAAAAUGAA